UUUGUAGACUCGGAAACAUGCCCAGAAGAAUGAUUGAAGCCUUAUUGCCUAGACAUGUAGGAUAAAGUCAAUAAAAUGCUGGAAAAUAGGACUGGAGUUUGGCCCUAAAGGACCUUGGGGACCUCAACAUAAGCCAAUCUCAGAUAUUUAAAACACAGAGACAUCUGAAUUGGAGCAUGCUCUUUCUGGCAGGCCUGGGUUCUUGGGUAUCUGGGGUCCUGAAGGAAUACCUGGACCAAGAGAAUCCCAAGGUUUGGGUGCUAAAGGUCCACAGGUAACCUGUGAACAAAAAGCAUGAUUUUUAAAGGAUGGAGCAAGAGAUAGAUGUGACUGAGGACAAGCCUUUUUACACGUUCAGAGCUCCUGUUCUUCUAGGGCAACUCGUGAAAGAGAAGGUUCAAGCUGAGUCUAGUCCAAAAGAGCAUUGUGGAAUUUCAGGAGCCAAACUACCAGGAAGUAAAAAUUCAAAGGAAAUCUGAAUUUUACAGUGUUACUUUCCUCAGUGGAUUGCUUCUUUCCCUCCCUGCUCAUAAAUGUUUUGACUUCCUUCAAGAAGAAUAUAACAUUUGUAUCCAGAUUUAUGAAAUGUGCCUUCCAGUACAGCAAGGUGUCAGGUUUGCAGCCUUGGGCUCUGAUUGCCAAGUUCAUGAGUUCAUCUGGAUGGAGCAGCCGGUGUGUGUAAGGUAACUCAGUCUGGAUCAUAGCAAAUCAUCAGCCUUGGCAAUGAAGUUUCUUGGUCAGGAGACUGGGAACUCUCCGAGAGCAAGUAUUUGCAGUCUACCAUAUUGUGCUCUAACAGCUCUUUCACAGCAUGCCCUUUGGAAAGCUAUGCUUGAUGCAGAAUAAACAGAUGUGCUUUAGCAUUCAUCUUUCUUCAAGAAAGACAUAUCAAUGGCAAUUGAUAAGCACAAUGCACUCUUCCUACAAAAUUAAAAAAGCAGAAAUUACUUACAGAGGAUGCAAAGCUUCAACUUUUGUGGUUUUUUGUUAAGACAAUUUCUAAGAUUUGCCCGCUACUUGCCAUGCUGGAAGUGUCUUCUGGGUAGUAAGAGGUAUUCAUUUCACAGGGAAGCUUCCACCAGGUGCUGGAACAAAAAAAAGGCACACACAGUCUUUGGGUUUAUCAACAUUAAAAAGCAAUGAAUAGGUAACAUUACUGUCCUGUAAAAUUAGAUACUGAAUCUAUUUUUGGUGUAUAUAUUUAGGAGUAGUGUCCCAGAUAUAAGCUACCAGGGUCACUUCAAGUCUAGAAAAUCUGUCUUGAAGAAAAAUUAAAGGGUAUGACUUGCAUGACAUUUAGGUAGAUUUUUUGUAAAGCCUAAUCGGUACAGUUGGGUCAUUGAUAGGCAAAUGUUUAUGCAUUUUCGAUCCUGCAUUUUUGACAAAAGCUUGAACCUCUGCCAAAAAAAUCUGCUUUGGUCAAAACCAUCUUUUUACAAUGUGUUUUGAAAUGCCCAAAUUACUCAUAAUUUUUUUUGAUGUAUAACUGAAACAUUUCAGUGCUUAAUCACAUGACAGUCCAGGGACCCGAUUCAUCCCAGUGAUGAAGCGUAAAUCCUCCCUUCUGCAGCACCAAGUGAAGGAGGAGCUCUCCAUUCUGUCCCACCACCAAGGGACUGAGGGGUGCCUGCCUGUUAGGCAAUGCCUGCCCAGAGGCUGGGCACUGACCUUUUGCUGGCCAUCUGCACAAAACUCCCUUGAGGCAUGCCAUGAUUCCUUGAGACUUACAAUCCCAAUACUUCCUCUCACCUGGAUUUUUUACUUGACACUGCAACAAUACAAUUUUACUCUGAAGCCUGCCGUUAGAUAGAGCAAAUACAAUUUGCACGCAGCACAGUGAGAGCUACCUAACCAGCCCCCUUUUAGAUACCCUCUCUGUGUCUGACCCCUCAGAGGAUAUAAAGAGCAGAAAGAAUUUCUGAGGAAAACAGCUCAGGAAGAAUUGUUUGAGUUUUUUUAAAGUUGUCUUUUAUUAUUGUAGUUGCUAAUGCAGUUACUACCUUUGAGACAGGCUCAAGGUCCUGGCGGACACAAACCAUUGGGUCAGAAUUCGGUUCUAGCCUACAAGUGGUAAUGUACUAAUUUCACAUCUCUCAUCUAACCAGUGCUGCAAUGUUAACAUGGACAAGCUGAAGAGGUGUGGCUGGCAAAGUGGUGGCUGGAGAGGCAGGUUGUCUAGAAGUGAGUUUUGUAAUGUAAAAGGUCAGUUAUUUAAAAUGGGAAAGCGCUGCUCCCAGACUGACACUGUCCCUUUAAUAAAAUGGCUCGGUCUCCCACUCAGCCCUGGCUAAGUGCCUGACUGUCUUCAUUUAAACUUUGGCCAACUGAACAGCCCAAUAAUGGACCAUAAAGGAUCUAGAUGCAAGGUAGAGCCAUUCACAAGUGGAUAGACUAUUUAUUUACAGAUUGAUUUAUUCUUGUAAACAAAAUGUAUUUUCCUCUGUGACCUACUGGACAUGUUUUCUAUGCUGACAGCUUAUCCAAUUCACAGUUUGCUUUUUGAGUGCCUUUGAAGGAAGGAAAAGUCAUCUAAUUUGGGAUCAAAGUCACUAUGUGGAAAAAACAUUUUUUCGUUUGUUUUUUACUUCUGGCUGUGACAACAAACCAGACAUAUGAGCAAAACAGAAAGAAAGGAAAGAAUUCUUAUUCUUUAGUGCAAAAAGAUGAAGGUGAUACGUGUCUUGUCGAUAUAGUCUUUAUCUUGGACAGUUCAGAAAGUGCCAAAAAUCAGCUGUUUGAUUUACAGAAGGAUUUUGUUCAAAAUUUAACUGACAGCAUUUUCCAGAUGAAGCCCGUUAAGUCUCAGAAGUAUAAUGUCAAACUAGCAAGUAUGCAGUUCAGCAGCACAGUCAGCAUUGAUAAUCCCUUUACAGCCUGGAAAAAUGUGCAGCAUUUUAAAGAGAAAAUCAAGUCUCUCGGCUUUAUUGGCCACGGCACCUACUCCUAUUAUGCAAUUUCCAAUGCCACUCAGCUCUUUAAAACUGAAGGUCGUAAGCGAAGUACAAAAGUAGCUUUUUUGAUGACUGAUGGUGUGGAUCAUCCAAACAGCCCUGAUGUCCAGGCUAUAGCCACAGCAGCUAGGAGUCUUGGAAUACAUUUUUUUACCAUUGGCCUUUCUAAGAAAAAAGUCCAAGAAGACAAAUUGCGUAUGAUAUCUGGUGAUUCAUCCUCUAAACGUGUUUUAUGCCUGGAUGAUGAGAACCUGAUAGUUGAUGUAGCAUUGGAACUGGAAGCCUUGCUUCAGAAGCAGUGUGUGCGGAAGAACUGUGGAUGUGAAAAGGGAGUAAAAGGAGACAAAGGUGAUUCUGGCAGUGCUGGUAACAGAGGAGAAAAAGGUGAGCCAGGACCAAAAGGAAACAAGGGUGAUGCUCAAAAAGGAGAUCGUGGAGAAAAAGGUGGAGAGGGACCUCCUGGGUACAAGGGAGACAAGGGUGAACGAGGAGAAUGUGGAUCCCCAGGCAUAAAAGGUGAAAGAGGUUUGGAAGGCCCUUUUGGCCCUAGGGGACCUCGGGGACCUCAGGGUAUCAGUGGACCUCCAGGUGAGCCAGGCCCAAAAGGUAUUCAAGGAAGCAAGGGAGAGCAAGGCCCUUUAGGUCCCUAUGGUCCUCCAGGACUCCCUGGUGUUGGAGAGCCAGGACCCAAGGGUGCUCCAGGUCCAGAAGGCAGAAUUGGAUUGACAGGACCUCCUGGAAUUGGUGAGCCAGGAUUACCUGGACCACGUGGCCCUGAUGGUCUGCCAGGUGAGAUAGGUCCUCCAGGACAAGGCAUUCCAGGCCAGAAGGGUGAAAAAGGCCUCGAUGGUGUAGUUGGUCCUCGUGGACCACCAGGUCCAGAAAUUAAAGGUGACAAGGGUGAACGAGGCCAAGUAGGACCACAGGGCCCAGCAGGACCACCAGGAAUAGGCAAUCCAGGAAGCCAGGGUAUACAGGGUCCACAAGGAAUCCCUGGGGCAAAAGGAUCUAAAGGUUUUGGCCUGCCAGGUCCAAAGGGUCAACCAGGUGAACCUGGACAAAAAGGAGAACCAGGACUUCCAGGAAUUGGCUUACAAGGACUUAAAGGAGAUCCAGGUCUAACAGGACUCCCAGGAGAGAAAGGGGUGCAAGGAGAGCCUGGGAAGUCAGGGAAAAAGGGGGAAAAGGGAGAUCAAGGUCCAAGAGGCCCAGAAGGACCCCCAGGCAAAGGAGAUGUAGGCCAAAAGGGUGACCCUGGAGAAAAAGGAUCACAAGGACUGACUGGUUAUAAAGGAGUACAAGGCCCAGCUGGACCAAAAGGUGAACCAGGAGAGAGAGGGCAACCUGGUGUUGCUGGACCAUCUGUUCGGGGACCUGCUGGACCAAAGGGGGAUCCAGGUCCCAAGGGGCCCCCGGGUGAUGAUGGACUUCCUGGAAAUUCAAUAAUGGGACCAACGGGUAACCGGGGACUACCUGGACUACCUGGACCCCGUGGAGAAAAAGGCGAUGGCCACAAAGGUGAAGAUGGACCUCCAGGACCACCAGGCCCCCCAGGACCACCAGGCCCAAAAGGCGUGGGAGAUGCUGGACCAAAGGGAGACCAUGGAAUGACAGGCUAUCCUGGGCCCCCAGGGCCACGAGGAAUCGGAACAGUUGGUCCAAAGGGUGUUAUGGGACAGAAGGGUUUGCCUGGUCCACGUGGCCCCCCUGGUGACAGCAUACAAGGAGACAAGGGAGAAAAAGGAAAUAGAGGUUUUCCUGGACUGAAGGGAUCAAUAGGAAUUGGCCUUCCUGGACCAAAGGGAGACUAUGGAGAUAAAGGUGAUCCAGGGAGCAAAGGUGCCAAAGGAGAGAUUGGAGACCCAGGACCCCCAGGACCAAAGGGAAUUUGGGGAAGAAAGGGUGAACCUGGUCUUUCGAGAGAAGAAGUUAUCAGACUUAUCAACGAAAUAUGUGGUUGUGGUAUCAGAUGUAGAGUAACACCUCUGGAACUAGUAUUUGUCAUUGACAGUUCAGAAAGUGUUGGACCAGAAAACUUCAAUAUUAUCAAAACCUUUAUGAAAACAGUCAUUGACAAGGUACUGGCCAACAAUGCUACGACCCGCAUUGGCGUUAUCAACUUCAGCCACAAAGUGGAGUUGGUGUCUUCUCUGAAGCAAUACACAACCAAAGAGUACCUGAAAUCAGCUGUUGAUAAAAUGCCCUACUUAGGAGAAGGCACGUACACAGCUUCUGCUAUGCAAGAAGCCAUUCAGUUAUUUCAGGCAGCACGCCCGGCAGUAAGAAAAGUGGCCGUUGUAGUAACAGAUGGACAAGCAGACACUCGUGAUAAAGUACAACUGAAUGCUGUAGUAAGAGAGGCCCACGCUACAAAUAUUGAGAUAUUUGUCAUUGGGAUUGUUCAAAGGACUGAUCCUCAUUAUGAUGAUUUUCUGAAAGAAAUGAAGCUCAUUGCAACAGACCCUGAUGAAGAGCAUGUUUACCAGAUAGAUGACUUCAUGACACUUUCAGCUCUUGAAAAUAAACUGAUCACAAAAAUCUGUGACAAUAUGUCUGAAGUCUACACCAGAAAAGAUGAUGUUUUAUCUCCAAGUCCGGAAUCUGAAAUUGCUAGCGAAGAUACUAAUAGCCAGUUACCUAAAAAGACUGCUUCAGAGGUUUAUAUGCUCCCUACAGAAGGAAUUGGUUACCCACUUAGUCCACCACAGACCAGAUACACUGAGCCACUGCCAUCUGCUCAGGAUCACACUGUGACAAGCCCUGCUCACAGAGAAUCAAGAUAUCCCCCACUUUAUGACAUAUCUGAAAUCAGACCUCAGAGCCCACUUGCCAAUCCUGUGUUCAAUGUAACUGCUACUGAAGAUCACCACCUAACUGUGUUGCAAACACAGGUAGCAACAACCCAAAAAGAUGCAAGGUGCUUGGAACCUAUGAAACCAGGGGAUUGUCGGGACUAUGUGGUCAAAUGGUAUUAUGACAGGAAUGGCAAUUCCUGUGGCCAGUUCUGGUAUGGAGGUUGUAAUGGUACCAACAAUAGAUUUGAAACAGAAAAAGAAUGUCGAGAAACCUGCAUUGAUUGAUAAAGAAUGACUGAUUUUGGAGUUUUUAAAGCUGGAAGUUCAUGUGCAUUGAGCAAGAACUGACUGAGAAGAAUCCAAAAUGAUGAGUUAACAUGAAUAUAUUACUACCGCGUGCUACUGCUUUCCCAGCUAUGGUAUUCACAUUAACUGGAUCCCUGUAUAGCGCAUGUUAUCUGCAACACCAUAGCAAUAACUUACAAUCACACAUACACACACACUGGCAGCGUAGCUUUUCCAUCCAGAUUUAUAUUAACUCGUUACUAGUACAUGUGCAAUGUUGAGAUUCUAUUUUUAGGAUUAAAAUAGCAAAAAAGUGUUUGCACUCAGCAUUUAAUGACAGAGGUCUCAGUCUCAUGGAAGAAUAAAAUGUGCUCUAGUUUUAAAUAAGAGUAAGUGGUUCCUGAAAUUAACAGUAUUAUUACAGUAUUUAGAGACAUAAAUUAAGAUCCCCAUUAAUUAGAGUACCUCUUCUGAAUGUAAAUACCACAGCUAUAGGUAGUUAGAGGGGUUUUUUCCCCCAUUAAAGCACAUUUGGAUUGACAUCAAUAUAAUCUUUUCCAUUAUAAAGGUAGAACUUUCAUUCAGAAUUACAUUAAAAACAGGAUUCUUCAUGUCCUUUAGGUUAGUCAGUAUAUUUCAAUUUCUCAGGGCCUCUGUGUUAAAAAACCUAUUUCACUCUAAUAUAUGCUCUUAAAUUAAAAAAGGGAAAAGCACUGAAAGAUGUAUAUAAAUGUUUACUUCUAUCCUUUCUACUUUUAGCCAUAAUCCUAUAUGAAGAUAUUGUUAAAACUGAAAAUGAUGAGCAUGUGAUUAAAAUGGAAGGCAAUACCUGAUAAGAAGUCAUGCAUUGUUAUUUCUUUGCGAACAAAAGACCAGGAUCUACACAGGCAGCGUGGACAAUUCUUGACAUGUUUAAACAAUCGCUUGCACAAUUUCCCCCCUUCCACGUAACCAAAUGAUAGCAUGUGCUAUGCAAA